CAAUUAUUGCGCACGCUUAAACCAUCUCAGUCUUGGCUGGAAUUCGUUGCCCUGCAAACCGUGUGAAGCUCGCUCGCCGGCAAACCGUCGCGUUGCAUUAUCCUCCCGUGUGCGGUGUUCCAGCAUUGUUCGUCUUGUGUGUGCGUGUGUUGUUUUUUUUGUUGUUGUUGUUGUUGUUGUAUUGAGUGUGUCCUUGUGCAUUAUUGAUGCUGCAGGCGAAGAACGUAGGGAAGCACUGGUGCUAGUUUGAGUAAAUUGAAUCAGGCGGAAGGUUUUACAGCGGCCCACGGCUUUGUCAACUUAGGAAAAAAGGUCAAGCAAAGUUGCGUGGCUCAAUUAUCAGCACAAACACGCACACACACACACACACCCGCACCCUUGGAAUACCCACUAUCAAACGUUUGCUCAACGAGAGAAACAGCAUCUCCACCGCAUCAGCAGGAUGUCCGACUCGGUUGAAGUAGAACAAAUGGCCGAGAGCAAGCCUCGCAAGAUGGCAUUGCCCACCUCGCUAGAUAAGGAUGCAAUUCGCGAGGCGUACGAGGACGUACGCUCCAAUAUGAGCGACCACGAGUGGGCCGUGUUCAAGUUCGACGGGCUGAAAAUCGUAUGCUCGGCCAAGGGGCAGGGUUUCCAGGAGUUUUGCGCCCAGUUUCACGACGACGAGCGGGCGUUCGGCUACAUCCGGAUACAGAUGGGGGACGAGAUGUCGAAGCGCAGCAAGUUCCUGUUCCUCACCUGGAUCGGGCCGGAGGUCGGUGUGAUGCAGCGCGCCAAAAUGUCCACCGACAAAUCGAUCAUCAAGGAUGUGAUCAACAACUUUGCCGUCGAGCUGCAGGUGGAAACGAGCGUCGAUCUCGAUUUGGAAAUGUUCAAGGCGCAUCUGAACAAAGCUGGCGGCGCUAACUACGGCACUGGCGUGCGGGAGCUGUAACACUACCCAGGCGGACGUAAAAAAAAAAAAAAGGAGAAGCAAGGAGAUGUUCGGCGGGCUCCUUAACAUAUCGCAAUAGAGCGUGAGCCGGCUGCCGGCCGGGUUUGGCCCUUCGACAGACUCACGCAACCCGCCAACCGUGUUCGGAGAUGAAAUGUGAUCGCGUUACGGUAACAUUCAAGACAGCAGUCCGUGGUAUUGUGUUUCGCAACGGCACAAAUUCGCUUAAAAUCUUUUCUUUUUUUUUUAUCGAAAUGAGGUAAAAUCGUAAAAUCAACCUAUUAACGACCUCGCUAAAAUUCACGAGUCAAGAAUUCAGUGACACACAUGCAUGAGUUUUACUAUAGACUUUCGGGCUAAUUCGUUCGUUUACAUUUGUCCAUUUUGACUGAUUAAUUUGUAUUAGAUGGUGGAGAAAGCGAUAACUUAAUCAAACAUUUGUUAUUUGUGCAAUCAAUUUUAGCUCAUCCUCUCGCGAUCGCCAAUAGGAUAUCGGAAUUGGUAUCGUCUCGUGUUUUUUUUUCUUGUUUGUUGUUCCGGAGCCAUUGAUAACAUGAGGUUUUUACUCCGUGACGUAUCCAGGUUUCAUACUUACUGCUGUGUAUUUGUUUUUCGUGUUUAUUGCGACCGGCAUAAUGCUUCUAAUAGUUUGCACUCACCACACCUCCUUUCCAUGUCUGCCACGGGUAAAGAUCACAAAAAAGUAUAUUGCUCAUGGUUUUAUUUAACUAACAGUGCCUUAAUGCUUAUCAAUUGGCGCUCAAACUACCCACAAAUCACGUUUCGUAAACGGCAACAGUUGCCAGUAUAUGUAUUAGUAUAAUCAAUUGGCUAAGUGCGACAGGGUGGGCAAACAGCGGUUCCCUCUUUUUGCUAGCAAACUUCUAUCUUACUUAAGGGGUUACGACAGAACAACAAACACACACACACAUAUACAUACACAUACGUGUCGAAUGGCUACAGUGGAUAGCGUAUACAACGAACAUUGUAUAUUAAAAUAUCACUAAAUUGUCGCACGCACAAUUAGAUAAAUGUAAGAAAGGGAAAGAAGGGUGAUAGAAAAGCGUCCCGAUGAAACGAAGUUAGCACACGCGAGGGGCAAAGAAGCGGCAUGCUGCAUGUGAGCGGUCCUACGGUCUUCCUAGGGGGGGUUCAGGAGCUGUACUGGGCUCGCUGGAAGUGAACUUGGUGCGAGAUGGAAACUGGACUCUAGGGCAGCACCUACUUUGAAUAGACACAUGGCAAUUCCUAUAGGAUUCCCAAUGAGCUUGUCCAUAAAGGAUGCCGUAGAGUCAGCUGCCCGUCCCAUAAAGUCCACCUUCCCUUUUAAGAAAGAGUCAAGCAAGUGUCCCUAAAUUAUGAGAACCCCUGACAAAAAAAAAAACCCCUGUAUUAUUCGAUUCACUCAUAAACGGUGUGGAAAUUUUUGGAAAACAAUCAUUUUGGAAUUGUGAUAAACCAACAGCAACGAUAGGCGAUUUAAAAAAUCUUUUGUUUCAUUAUAUGUUUCUUUCGUUUGUUUGUUUUAAAUUAAGCAUCAUUCUACGCGCCCAUUACAUUCAUCAAAAUUAGUAACUAAAUUUACUCAAAUAAUGAACAUGCUCUCAACUUAAAGGCAGCGUGUAUGUGUGUGUUGUUGUUGCAUCGUGAACGUUUUUUUUUCGCACCAAAGGGUGCCGUAAGGUAAAAUUGUGAGUGGAAACAGAAACAAGAACAAUCGGAUAAUAAUAAACAUGCCUCAAGCAAUUGUGACACGGCGGAAAAUAAAACAAAACUGGUAACACCUUAAUGUAAUGCCACUAUAAUUACGGGCAGUCAAAGGAUUAGAAUAAAUGUGUAUGACAGUAA